AUGGAGGGUGGCAUAGAUUUUGUUACUGUCUUCGAUGUUGAUAUAACAUCAAGCAUCCUCGAACUUUUGAGCGAUCCGUGUGAUCUCCUGAGGGCUAGUGCAGUUUCGCGAGCAUGGCACCAUUUCUUGAUUGCAAAUGGCCUUUGCAAGAAGCUGUGGUUGAGAAAGGUUCCUCAAGUCACUUACAUCGCCUAUUCAGUCAAAAAAAUUGACGGGAAAAAUAAACUAGUUAACGUUGCAUCUAAAAACACCGUCAACUGGAGUUCUUCUCUCGGGAAGGAGCGUAAAUUAGUUUUUACACUAUAUCACCCCAUUCCACACAACGGGAUAAAUAAACUAAUUAAUGUCACGUCUAAAAACCACAACUUUAACUGGGGAAAUCUUGACAUGGAGCAUAAAUUAUUUUCUUCUCUACUCCACACUCUCUCGAAGCCCAUAACUUCUCCCAAAUUCAUCAUGUCAUUCCGUGUUGGCGCCUCGAGCACGGACCAAAACCCGCCCGUGACCAUUAUUAAUACCCUGACCCCAGAGCUUUAUUCCUUCUGGUCCAGUAAAGGGCAGAAUGACCCUAAUGCACCUGAGUAUCUGUUGUAUAAGCUAAUGACCAGUGUAAGCAUUGUGACCGAAGUUCAUAUACAACCUCUUGAAGUAUUUUGGGAGACUGGGAAGCCUGUUUACUCGGCAAGGUCAGUGAGGUUUCGGUUGGGUCAUUCAAAAUUGUUAUCUGAAGCCGAUAUUGAUACAUUUCUGAUUAAUCGACCUUCGCUCGACAAGUAUGUGUGGACAUAUGCUUCACCGUGGUUUCCUAUGAGACAGGAAUCGUGUCUGCAGACCUUUAAGUUGCCAGAACCCGUUGUUUGUGUUAAUGGGGUUUUUCUAAUCGAGCUGCUCGGGAGGGCCCAGAAAGACAUAGAUGGACUGUACUACAUACGUUUGGGUUAUGCGAAAAUUAUGGGGCAAACUCUGGAUACGGCUUUCCAUACUGAUGUGCACCCGUCGGGUGAGGUUCAGUUGGAUUACUAUCCUCACUCGGCUGGCUCUGGAUUAAGAAGCUUCUCGAGCAAAAAUAAGGAAGAUACUGUUCGGGAAAACGAGGAGUUGUGCAUGGGGAUGGCUCGGGGGCUUCUCGAUUUUCUUGAUGAUGAGGAUGAAGAGGAGGAGGAGGAGGAGAACUGA